UGAGUUGACGUCAUUGCACAGGCAUUUCGGUAAUGGAAUCCAGGAAAUAGGAAGGAGGGGCUAGGGAGCGGUAGUUGGAGCACGGAAACCGAUCGGAGAACCCUGUUAUUUAUUUUUGCCCGACUAUGAGCGGAUUCCGGCAGCAGAAUGUCGAUGAUUUUUAUGAAAUGGGAGAGGAACUUGGCAGUGGUCAGUUUGCAAUUGUGCGGAAGUGCCGGGAGCGUUCUACAGGUGUGGAGUAUGCAGCCAAAUUUAUUAAGAAGCGCCGCUUGUCCUCUAGUCGUCGAGGUGUGAGCCGAGAAGAAAUUGAAAGGGAGGUGGACAUACUAAGAGAAAUUCAGCACCCCAACAUCAUCACCUUACAUGAUGUGUUUGAGAAUCGCACAGAUGUGGUCCUGAUACUUGAGCUAGUUUCUGGAGGGGAGCUUUUUGACUUUCUGGCACAAAAGGAGAGUUUAAGUGAGGAAGAGGCGACCAUGUUCCUGAAGCAAAUACUUGAUGGUGUUCAUUAUUUGCACCACAAAAAUAUUGCACAUUUUGACCUUAAGCCAGAGAAUAUCAUGCUUUUGGACCAGAGUUCCCCCAGUCCAAGAAUAAAACUCAUAGAUUUUGGAAUCGCUCACAAGAUAGAAGCCGGGAAUGAGUUCAAAAAUAUCUUUGGAACGCCUGAAUUUGUAGCUCCUGAAAUUGUAAACUAUGAGCCACUUGGACUAGAAGCUGAUAUGUGUCUCAGUGGAGCAUCGCCAUUUCUUGGAGACACCAAGCAGGAAACUCUGACCAACAUUUCAGGUGUGAAUUAUGAUUUUGAUGAGGAAUAUUUCAGCAACACUAGUGAAUUGGCUAAAGAUUUUAUUCGCCGGCUGUUGGUGAAAGAUCCAAAAAAACGAAUGACCAUUGAUCAAAGUUUAGAGCAUUCAUGGAUUAAGGCUAUCAAGCGUCGAAAUGUUCGACUCGAGGAUAGUGGAAAACGACCUGAACGCCGGCGCCUGAAGACUACACGUUUGAAGGAAUACACAAUAAAAUCACAUUCUAGCAUGCCUCCAAAUAAUACUUAUGUGAAUUUUGAAAGGUUUAGCCAUGUGUUGGAAGAGCUGGGAGCAGCAGAAGAUGCACUUUGUGAGCUUCAAAAGAGUCAGGCCACCUCACGUGAAGACCUUUGUGCCUUGCGCUCUAUCUAUGAGGAAAAGGAAAGUUGGUACCAUGAAGAGCAGGAAGGAGUUGGGCGACAACUUUUAGGGCUUCGGCAAGAACUGCAGCUCAGAGAGGAUCAGCGUUGGCAGGUACAAGAAGAUUUAAGGGGAGCUAUGCUUAGUGCCAAUGCUCUGAAUAGAAGGUUUGGUAAAUUAGAAAAUAGAUAUGAGGCUCUACAGGUACAAUUUACUGCAGAAAUGAGCUUUGUUGAAGAUUUGUUAAAAACUGUGGAGAGAGGUGAAGAUGGAUUAAGAGGAGUGUGCUGAAAUGUAUACUGUACACUUCUUUUCCCAAUAACCUGUUAUUAUUUCAGCCCUACUAUUUUAAAGACCACAGUCUUAGCUGACUUCUCAUAUGCUCUUUGCACAAGUAUAUAUUAAGCCACUUUUUUGUACAUUCAGUGUUGUAUGGAUAAUUUUUAGGGGUGUACAUUGGUCAUUUACAGACCAGACCAAAAUUAUGUAGAUUUCCAUUUACAUAUAAAUGCAAAUAAUGUGGAGUAUCCUCUCAUUCCUGGUCCAGAGCAUUGUUACAUCAGUGCACUUUAUGUACUGUUAUCACUAUGUUGUGCACUUUGUCCUGCAGUGAAAUGCUUAUGCUUAAAAAUAAAUGGAAUGAAAUUUGCACCUAUUCAAAAUAAAAAUUUAAACAUC